AUGUCUGCUCCUCAAGACAGCCUUUCCAACUUGGAGAAGCACCGUCUGCAGCUCGAGGAAAAUGUCAACCAGCUCAAACAGGCGCUGCAGCAUUGGCAGACCUGGGACGCAGAGUAUGAGGCUCUCAAGGAAGAGGUGGAAGCCGUUGCUGAGCCAUGCACGCCCGCUCGGCUGCAAAAGGUGCACCAUGACUUCGAUGCACAGCUCUUGACCGGCAAGGAAAUCGAUCAAGUCUUCGGUUUGCAUUAUUCCAAGCCUAGGCAUCAGAUCAUCAACCUCUUGCAACGGCGCAUAGAUUACGUCGGCAAAAAUGUGGCCAAUCUGCAGAGCCAGCUAGAAACCGCUCAGGACCAGUACGCUGCUGCAACUGCCGCCAGUCAAUCAGAUGCUGUAGAUGAAAACGACCAGCCCGUUACGGAAAUUAUCGAGGAACUCGACGAUAAUGACAACGUGCUGUCGUACCGUCUUAACCAGCCCGCCGAUUUUCUUCCCAGAGUUAGAGAGGUCCUCGAGGAGGCAGGCGUUGAUGGUCUCGCGCCACAAAAUGCCGGAGCCGGUGAUGAAAACACAAAAACAACAAAAACCACCAGAACCACAAGAACCACAACAUUAUCCGCACCACCACCAUCAUCCUCCCAAAGUGGGACCGACCCCGUCUCAGAACCACAGACCAAAUCUUUACAUCAGCCUCCACCACAGGACCCGCUGACUGCUCCGCCAGUUGAAAAGAGCGUUGCUUUCUCCGAAGAUGUGGAUGUGGAUGCGCAGCCCUCAGACGCCGCGUCAGCUGACAUGUCCAUCCGGUUCAAGCGUCUGGAUCGGAUCAUGAAGACAGCAAAGGAACAACAGGAAAGCAUCAGCAAGGAUCAGCCCGUCAUUCCGGAUGAUGAAGAUGCCGAGGAUGCCUCUUUGAGGCAGGAGAUGCUUCAGUAUUGCAUGGGCGAGGUUGGAGCUGUAGUAGCUGAACUGGAGCUUGAACAAGGCGACUCGGACAGUGGUUUCGAGCACGACGAGGAUGAAUACGACGAAGAGUACGACGACGACGACGACGCCUAUGAUACUGACGAGGACAAAUACGGACGAUCCACUGGCCGCCUUGUCACGGACAAGUAUCGCCAGCGGAUGCUUGAACUGGAAAAGAAGCUCGGAAUAAAAUCCCGCUUCACUGAACAAGCUGCUGAGCAAGCUGAGCGAGAUGCAGACGGGGAAUCGCCCCAGAGCGAAGCAGGGGUCGGCCGAAUUGUGGUCAAUCGGGACCCCGAACCGGCCAUAUCCUCGGCGUCGCGACCCGCUCCGUCCAAAUCCAACAUCAAGAACAGCAAAAAUGGGGAUGCCGAAAACAAAAAGGGCGUACGAUUUGCCCAAGCUCUAGAUGUUGCUCCCCAAGCUGAGCCUACAACGCAGCAAAUGCAGCAACCACCGAAAAGCAGUGGACCCCCCGCCAUCGAUCCGCUUAGUGAUGUCGUUGAACGCACAGGGUCCACAAAGAUGGCCGCGACAAAAUCAAGCCCGACACCUUCGCGAUUCAAAAAGGCGAGGGCUGGCACCGAGUCGAAUGGCGUAUCCAAGGGCCCCCAUGACGUUCCCCCUCGUUACAUGCGGCAAGAGCAACGCACGAGACCCGCGGGUCCUGACGGUGUGACGAUAAUCGACACGCUGGUCGAGCACGAGCCAUCCGAAAACGCGACUGCACCAGACGAGUUUGACGAUUCCAUGGUUUACCAGGAAGUGGCAGACACGUAUCAGCGCAUGCGGAGAAAGUUCAUCCAUCGCGACGGCGGGUUCCUGAGGGAGGACGAGUCCGCCAUCCAACCGCUCGAUGAGGCCGAUGGUGACGAGAAGGUGAGCCGUUUCAAGGCCGCACGCCUCUCUCGGCAGUAG